AUGUUGCUGUCGCGUCUGAAGGCUCUUUCCCUACUUGCCUUAGCUUGGCUCGAUGGAAUCAAUGCCAGAGCCAUUGGGACGGAUCUGAAGCUCCUCAAUGGAAGGCAGCAAGACAUUGUGACAUGGGACGACAAAAGCUUGUUCAUCAAUGGCGAGAGAUUGAUGAUCUUCAGCGCCGAAUUUCAUGCCUUCAGAAUGCCGGUUCCAUCCCUAUGGCUCGAUAUCCUCCAGAAGAUCAAGGCAGCUGGCUACAACUCCGUCUCCUUCUACGUCAAUUGGGGACUCUUGGAGGCAAAGCCAGGUGAGGUUCGCGCUGAGGGCAUUUUUGCACUCGAGCCACUCUUCGAGGCCGCCGAGAAGGCUGGACUCUACCUCUUUGCUCGACCGGGGCCGUAUAUCAAUGCUGAAGUCACCGGAGGAGGUUUUCCUGGUUGGCUCCAGAGAGUCCAAGGAGCGCUCAGGACUGGCGACGAAGCUUACCUGAAGGCAACUGACAAUUACACUGCCACCCUCGGAAGCAUCAUCGCCAAAGCUCAGAUCACCAACGGAGGACCUGUCAUUCUUUUCCAAAUGGAGAACGAAUAUAACGCUGCCGUCGACCCGUACCCGUUCCCCGACUACGACUACUGGAAGUACGUCGACAAUCAGUUCCGCAGUCACGGGGUUGUUGUGCCGUACGUCAACAAUGAGGCCUGGCAGCUCGGUGCCAUCACUGCGCUUACGCCCGCCAAGGUUGAUAUUUAUGGACACGAUGGGUACCCGCUGGGAUUCGACUGCUGGAACCCCACGGUCUGGCCUGAGAAUGGCCUCCCUACUGAUUGGCUCACGACGAACAAUGCUAUCGCACCGACCACCCCGUAUACGAUCGUUGAGUUCCAAGGCGGUGGCUUCCAGCCAUGGGGAGGUGCUGGAUUCGAGUACUGCGCAGCCCUUCUCAACCAUGAAUUCGAGCGUGUUCUGUACAAGAACAAUUAUGCCGUUGGAGUGACCAUCUUCAACAUCUACAUGACUUGGGGUGGCACGAAUUGGGGUAACCUCGGACACUCCGACGGCUACACCUCGUACGACUACGGUGCUCAGAUCACCGAGGAACGUCUAGUCAACCGUGAGAAGUAUAGCGAGACGAAGCUUCAGUCCAACUUCCUUCACGUGUCUCCUGCCUAUCUCGUGGCCGAUCGAUUCAACGCCUCGCUUGAGUGGACCAACAACGACGCGAUCACCGUGACCCCAGCAACAACGAACACCACCAAGUUCUACAUCACGAGACAUACAAAGUACGACUCCCUUGAGACAACGGCGUAUAAGCUGAAGGUCAAGACUGUCAAGUACGGAGAACUGGAAGUUCCCCAGCUCAGCGAUAGCCUGUACUUGACCAGGCGCGACUCCAAGAUCCACGUCAGCGACUAUCCUGUCGGCGACAAGAAUCUGGUAUACUCCACAGCUGAGAUCUUUACAUGGAAGAAGUAUGCCGAUAAGACCGUGCUGGUCGUCUACGGAGGUGCCGACGAGCACCAUGAGCUGGCCAUCGAAGGUGAACAAGCCGAUGUCACCGACGAGAAUGUUAUCGAGGGCUCGGACGUCACUAUUGAGCAAAAAGACGGCUAUACUGUGUUGGGCUGGGCUGUCUCGGACGAGCGCAAGGUCGUCCGCGUACACGAAAACUUUUACGUGUACCUCCUGACGCGCAAUGAGGCCUACAACUUCUGGGUUCCUCCCGCGGUCGGUGAUUUCGGAACCUCUGAUGUUAUCGUCAAGGCUGGAUAUCUCGUCCGCAAUGUUGCCGUUACCGGUGACUCCAUCAGCUUUUCUGGUGACGUUAACAUCACAACCACCAUCGAGAUUAUCGGUGGUGCCCCAUCGUCUCUGAAGACUCUGAACUUCAACGGUAAGUCUCUUGACUUCAAGCAGAAUGACCACGGAGCUGUGACAGCCAAGGUCGACUUCUCCACUCCGGAGAUCAAGCUUCCGUGCAUCAGUCAACUCAGCUGGAAGUAUAUCGACAGUUUGCCAGAGAUCAAGUCAGACUACUCUGAUGAGUUAUGGACGGCCGCGGACCUCGAGAAGACGUACAACACCGCGAACCCUCUCAAGACUCCCGCCAGCUUGUACGGUGGAGACUACGGCUACCACACCAGCUCGCUUCUCUAUCGCGGUCACUUCACUGCCAACGGCGAUGAAACGACUUUCAAUAUCACCACCCAAGGAGGCAACGCUUAUGGUGCUUCAGUGUGGCUGAAUGAGGAGUUCAUCGGUUCCUGGGUCGGAAACGCCGUGUCUCCCGCCUACAACAGCACUUUCGCCCUGCCUAAAUUGACCAAAGACAAGGAUUACGUCUUCACAGUCGUCGUUGACCAUAUGGGUCUGAACGGCAACUGGGUCGUCGGCGAAGAGCAGCAGAAGAACCCCCGCGGCAUCCUCAACUACAACCUUGCAGGUCACGAGCAAUCUGAUAUCAAGUGGAAGAUCACCGGCAACCUGGGCGGCGAGGACUACGCCGACGGAGAACGCGGCCCUCUCAACGAAGGCGGCCUCUUCAUCGAGCGACAGGGAUACCACUGGCCCCAACCUCCGUCGGCCUCCUGGGAAGACAGCAAGGGCCCCUCCGCGGGAAUUGAAAAGGCCGGAAUUGCCUAUUACUCUGCGACUUUUGACCUCGACCUCCCCACUGGCUUCGACAUCCCGCUGUCUCUGACUUUUGCCAACACCACAGCCGCGGCGUACCGCGCUCAGAUCUUUGUGAACGGAUACCAAUUUGGCAAAUUUGUUCACCAUGUCGGCCCGCAAGCUCGCUUCCCCAUCCCUGAGGGCAUCCUCAACUACCAGGGCUCCAACCAUCUCGGCAUCACGCUCUGGGCUAUGGAGAAGGGCGGCGCCAAGGUUGAGGGACUCAAGUGGGAGGUUGGCAUGGUCAGCGCAACUGGGUUUGGAAAGGUGACACCUGCGCCGCAGCCGAAGUGGGCUGAAAGAAAAGGAGCUUACUGAAGGGCCAUAAAUCACAUAGCUGAUUUGUUCAUGUACGGCAUAUUAUCUUGGCAUCUGAGCAAGUCCACGAGGUUCUCCUUGACCCAAAUUAUAGCGCAGCCAGUCAUCUAAAGAUACCAACGCUCAUAACCUAAGGAUAUCAAUAAAAUUAGCCCGCACCUAACAGUCCUGGGUGGCAUCCUCUUCCAAGACAUCGCCCACGUGAACGAUCACUUUCUGGCGAUUUCAGUCACCAUCGGAUAGUG